CUUUGAUCUUGCACUUUCACAUUCAUUCAUGAUCUCAUUUCUUUAUUCACCACGACAUAUUAUUUAUAGAGCUAACCAAUAGCUCUUAGUUCUACCUCCUACCUGAGACGCAUGCAUUGAGUCGGUUGUGGAAUCCACGGGCUAGUGUCCUUUCAUUGUGACAUUCGGCUUCACGGGACGGGGGAGAGAGCAGCCCUCCACGGCUGUGUAUAUGAGAUAAAGGGAUUGUGUAGAAGCUGCGUGAACAAUCGAAAGCUCCAAUUGUGCGCUUCUGCGUUCAUCUACGCUUUACGUUCACUCACGUGGCAUCUCGAACGCAUCUACUUCUCUCCCACAAAUCAGCAUCACCUCUUCAACAAGCUUAUCCGACAUGUCCAAAACACCAACAGGUCUAAAUGACUCAAUCUGGGCCAUAAACGGCCGGUCUCGUCUCGCAAAGUCACUUCCUUCAACACGCGCGUCUUCACAGCCUUUAGCACGCGCAUCUUCGCAACCUUCACAGCCCCCACCAUCUUCAGCCCCUCCUAGAAACCCAGUUUCAAUAUCAACAUCAACAACGCGCUUGAACCCAACACAAGCCUUCCACCGCUUCGAACAAGCUUGUCAGCGUCUACGGUGGAAGUAUAUCGACUUACAGACUUCGUACCACCGCGCGCUGAACCCAGAAGAAUUUGGGUUCUUGGUCACAGACGCAGAGCGGAAUUUUAAAGUUGACUUCCAUGAGUUUUACGCAUGGAUCGAACAAGCUCUUGUUCUUCUCCUGAUGGUUUUCGGCAUAUCCGUCUCGCGCGGCAAUUCGUUCAAGACGGGAAAUCACACAUACCACGAGAAUGUGCUCAUGGAGUUAGAAAUGCCAGAUUGUCCGGUCCACGAAGCGCUAGGGACAGGGGAGGUUAAUCAAGCGCUUCGUAAAGCAAAAGAGCUUCGGAAUCGCUGGAAGGAUGUUGCUGAUGGCAAGGAGACGCCGCCGUUGAAGAUGUAUGAUUUGACGUGGCUUGUGGGACAGAUCCUGGGAGGGUUGGAGGUUGGGUAUGGGAUUGCGGCGGGGAGAGUGCAGGAGGCGAUGCAGAGGCAGUGGGAUGAUGGGGAUGAACAUAUGGGGAUGGGGGAAACUCAAGGGGAUGAUGAGUGGGAGUGGAUGGUUGAACCGAUGGAUUGGGAGGUUGCGUAGGGGUAAUGGAAGUGCUUUGGAUGUUGAAUUGGAUGAGUUGGAGUGAAUAUGCAUGGCGUAAGAUAGACACUCAUCGUCUGUAGACAUAUCGAGUAGUUGUAAUGGAUCAUAGAGGAGUCUAUCACUCAUAUAUCAUCAUGUCAAAG